GGCCCUUCCCCCACCGUGCACCAGUCCAAGGCUUGAUCACCGAGCCUGUCUUCGUCCUACACGACAGACUGGCAUGACGCUCAGCUUCGACGCCUCGCUACUCCAAGCGCACGCAGCCAUACUCUUGUCCGCCUUGCUGCCAAUCUACUUUGGCGCUCAGGCGUCCAUCCGCAUUCCCAAGAGUGUCAAGAAGGCUAUCAAAGCUGCAAAGGCAGUAUCAGCCGGCGCCUCAUCUGACGCAGAUGCUCAGGCUGAUGAUGAUGAUGAUGACGACGAAGAUGAAGGUGACAUUGACCGUCUGACAUCGUCUGACGCCCUGCUCUUCCCUAUCCUCGGUAGUGCUGUGCUGCUCACCAUGUAUCUCGCGCUCAAGUACUUGGACAAAGAUAUGAUCAACAAGCUCAUCAGUGCCUACUUUGCCGUCUUUGGAGUCCUAGGAUUUGCGAGAAUGCUCGUCUACUUUGGCAAGGCCGCAAUCGGAGAGGCCAAGAAAGAGAACCGCUAUAAGCUUCGUCUCACCAAGGGCAGCCAGGAGGAGUUCAGCUUUGUGUUCUCAUACCUUCAUCUCGGCUGUCUUGCGUUCUCGAUCAUCUUUACCGCGGCACAGCUUUACACAAGACACUGGAUCUUGUCAAACUUGCUCGCUCUCAGUUUCUCGUACAAUGCUAUCUCGCUCAUGCGCCUCGACUCCUUCAAGACGGGCACACUUCUGCUUGCCGGGCUGUUCCUAUACGACAUCUGGUGGGUCUUUGGCACAGAUGUCAUGGUGUCUGUUGCCACGAACUUUGAAGCGCCUAUCAAGAUCGUCUGGCCAAAGUCAUUAACCGCUGAUUCCGGAUUUACUAUGCUCGGCCUAGGCGAUAUCGUGAUUCCCGGCAUCUUUGUAGCUCUCGCUCAGCGUUUCGACUUUGAGCAAGCUGUCGCGAAAGCCCUUGGCCCGGUCGCAACGGCGACUCAGAAGCAAAUCGGCGAGCCGAGCAUCAGAGCAGCAAAUCUGCCGGUCACACCUUCCGACGGUUUCGCUGCUCGCUAUCCACGUCCCUACUUUGUGACCUGCUUUGUAGCGUACAUCGUCGGCUUGGUCGUCACCAUUGGCGUCAUGAACGUCUUCAAGGCUGCUCAACCGGCGCUACUCUAUCUCAGUCCGGCAUGCGCAGGCAGUGUCUGGCUCUGUGCAGUCUAUCGACGCGAAAGCAAGCAAUAUUGGUCAUUCGUCGAUGGUCAACGCGAAGACUCGGAGAAGAGCGAGCAAGCAAAGGAUGAGAAGAAAGAACGAUAGAGUGGCAUCAUAGACCGCAUCGCAUAUGUCAUUGCAAUGUUGUUGUCAUCUGACGAGAGUGAUGAGGCCGUGCAGCACAACAGACAAGUAUAGGCUCGAUUACAUGUGGUGUAUAGGGUGACGCCGAUGAGUCUAAUUUUGAUCCGCUAUCGGAAUGUUCUUGCCUGUUAUCUUCUUGUAAAUGGAGCGAAUGCCGUCGCUGAUCUUCUCGACCGUCUGUCGAUUGCCCGUGUGACCCGUCUUCUUCAU